CCUGUUCAACUGCUGCCUUAGUCUACUUAUAGCCUACUUUUAUAGACUGUAAAACAGCGGAGAAAGGCAGAAAAAAGGACGAGAAUAAAACACAUCCAGCGAUCGCUACAAAAACAGGGAUUGACAUGUCAGAAAUUGUGCCCCCUGAAGUGAGACCUAAACCUGUCGUCCCAGCUAAGCCCUCUCAUGUGGCACCACCUUCUGGCGCUCCCUUUUUGCCUUCACCCCAAGGAACAGGGGGUGAAGGUCAAGGGUCAGGUCGAGGAUCUGCAUUGCUUGGAUACAUCGGUAUAGACACCAUCAUCGAGCAGAUGCGGAAGAAGACCAUGAAGACAGGCUUUGACUUCAACAUUAUGGUGGUUGGUCAGAGUGGUCUUGGGAAGUCCACUUUAGUGAAUACUCUCUUUAAGUCACAGGUGAGCAGGAGGAGUGCAAGCUGGAGUCGUGAUGACAAGAUUCCAAAGACUGUUGAGAUUAAAUCUGUCUCGCAUGUGAUUGAGGAAGGAGGGGUGAAGAUGAAGUUAACAGUCGUUGAUACACCAGGCUUUGGGGACCAAAUCAACAAUGAUAAUUGCUGGGAGCCCAUAUCCAAAUACAUCAAUGAACAAUAUGAGAAGUUUUUAAAGGAAGAAGUCAACAUUGCUCGCAAGAAACGCAUCCCUGAUACCCGAGUGCACUGCUGCUUGUACUUCAUAUCCCCAACUGGACACUCGCUUCGCCAGUUGGAUAUUGAGUUCAUGAAACAUCUGAGUCGUGUGGUCAACAUCAUUCCUGUCAUUGCCAAAUCGGACACACUCACUCUUGAAGAGAAAAUUGAAUUUAAACAAAAGGUGAGGAAGGAGCUGGAAAUGUGUGGGAUCGAGUGUUAUCCGCAGAAAGAGUUUGAUGAAGACACGGAGGAUAAGAGUGAUAAUGAUAAGAUCAGGGAGACAAUGCCCUUUGCCGUGGUAGGAAGUGAUAAAGAGUACCAGGUCAAUGGGAAACGAGUUUUAGGGAGGAAGACAGCCUGGGGAGUGGUGGAGGUUGAAAACCCAAACCACUGCGAAUUCUCCUUACUUCGUGAUUUCAUGAUUAGGUCUCACCUCCAGGACCUGAAGGAGGUCACUCAUAACAUCCAAUACGAGACGUACCGUGCCAAGAGGCUCAACGAUAACGGAGGUCUGCAUCCCAUCAACUCCUCUGGCCAUGACACACAAGAAAGCAACCUGUGAAGAAGAACAAGGAAAAAAAACUAGCAGUAUAGUAAGGAUGUGAGAGGAGACAUAGAUUCAUCUUGUAAUAAUUCAGCUGUGCAUGCUCAGAAGAUCUCAUCGCUGUGGAGGUUUUGUCUUUAUGCUCCUUUUAACCCUUUGUGGA